GCUGCUCUGGAAAUGAUGAACGCUGACGAGACAAAGAACGUGGAGAGCGAGUACAUCAAGAUGCACCACGCGCACGGGGAACUUUUGGAGAGUCAUUGUAGCUCGACGCUCGUUAAGCACAUCAAAGCUCCUCUUCAUCUCGUGUGGUCACUUGUGAGAAGAUUCGAUCAACCACAAAAAUACAAACCGUUUAUUAGUGGGUGUGUGGUCAAAGACAAGAAGCUGGAGAUUGGUUCAGUAAGAGAAGUAGAUGUGAGAUCUGGACUACCCGCUACUAAAAGCACGGAGAUAUUAGAGUUUCUCGACGACAACCAACAUGUCCUCAGCAUCAGAAUCGUCGGUGGCGAUCACAGACUCAAGAAUUAUUCCUCAGUCAUUUCGUUACAUCCGGAGACCAUAGAAGGAAGAGCAGGGACAUUGGUCAUCGAGUCGUUCGUGGUGGACGUGGCUGAGGGUAACACGAAGGAAGAGACUUGCUUCUUCGUGGAGGCUCUGAUUCAAUGCAAUCUCAAAUCUUUAGCAUAUGUUUCUGAGAGUCUUGAAGCAGAAUCUAUAGCCCAAAUGGUAUGAUGACGACUCUAAGAAUAAUCUUUCAAAGGCAAAUAGUAUGGAGAAGCUUCCCAAAUGGGAAGGAGUCAUUUUCAUAUUCAAGAAGAUGAUCAAUUCGUUCUUUUACGUAUAGUGAUGUCAUUUUUAGUCUAUGCUUUUCUUUGUUUUGCGAAUUUCUGUUAAUUUUAUAAUUUGGAAUAAUUAAUUAUUUCUGGAAUUCUGCAAAAUGCCAUUUAAUCAUCUUUUCAUAAUAAAAUGUAGAUACACAAUGUUUCAUGACAAAUACAAUAAAAAUUAGAUACUUCACGAAGAUAUUUUUUAAAAAUGUAUUUGGUACUUUUUAGUGUUUUCUUGUAAAUUUAAACAAUUUACAUAGUGACAAGAUAAAAUCUUCAACUUAGAUCGUUUUGUUGACCAUAGUCAAAAGUAUAUUAGCUAUUUUGAGUAAAGAAGAUCAACUGACAGAAGGAGGCUUUGUCUUUACAAGAGGUCGGUCCUACAAAGUUUUCGUUUCCCUCUUCAUUUGUUGUUGUUGUAAUUUCUAUAAACCAACGGCAUUUUGUUUGAAGUCAAUUAUGGAUUUAUGGUAAAGGAGCUUUGUGGGGUUACCAUUUUGUUGUUUAUAUUUGUAGAGAGUUUUGAUUGGUUAAAGUAUGCCAAGGC